ACGUCCGAAUUUUACAGCAGAGUCCAGACUGAACCAGAACUCAGAAAGUUUCUCCGCAGCGACACAUCGCACACAGGACACUCCGCGAAUUAACCCGACGCGUAAUUAGGGUGAUAAACGCGCUUAACCUUCAUUGACCUUACGGCUGCUGCUGUGAGUGUGAGUAAAUACACGGCGCUUAAGUCCCGUUGGCUGCAAGCGACUGAACGACAGAUUUGCGAACCGGAUCGACGCUGCUUAUUUCCAAGGUGGCUGCGUCAACAGAGCUCCGUCCUGAAGGGGGAUCGCGUGACUUUUCCUGGUGUGCAUAUAAUCGUGACAUUCGCACUGACCGAUCCGUAGAGCUCGCGUGGAUCUAUCGUGCCGCAGGGGUCCUUCAGAAACCGUCUCUCACAUGAUGUACACAAUAACCAGAGGUCCCAGCAAACUUGUUACACAACGGAGAACAGGCCCUACGCAACAGAUUGAGAGCAAAGCGAACGACCUGAAACAGAAGCAAAGCCCCUGGCUUGCAUCGGAUUCACCAGCACCGAAAAUUGUAUUUCACCGGCUGAACGGAAAGCGGUACCACAGAUCCACCUCUCCAAAAGCUGCCAACACUACUGAAGGAUUCACCCCAGCACACGAGGACAAUGUUCGAUUUGUUUAUGAGGCUUGGCAGGAGGUGGAGCAGAAGCUUGGAGAGGGAUCCCAGCCGGAGAACGGGAAAGGGCCAGUGCAGUACGCGGAGAGAAGCCCCAAUCCCGGCAUGAAGAAUUUUGUGCCUAUUGAUCUUGAGGAGUGGUGGGCCCAGCGCUUCCUGGCCAACAUUGUCAACCUGUCAUGACAGGUGCAUGAUGGGGCAUGAGGAGAUGGUCCUGACUGAGGCAGAGCAGCCUGACUCUCCUGAGGAGCUCACGUGAUAAUGUGAGAGAUUCACACGCUGUAUGAAUUCAGCCCUUCUUGUGGAACUGUUUGCCCAGCCGGACCCAGAUUCUCUCUCGUGCACACGGAAGACGAUCAGACAUUUUUCUUCUACUUGUCUUUCUUUGUUAGAAUGUGAGAUGUCUGUUUUUCUCCGCAGAUCUUUGCAAAAAAAAAGUGAUGUUAUAAAACAAAACAAAAAAAGUAAAGUAACAUUUUUUUCAA